AAAAAGGAGGAAUGGCGAAGGUGGUGAGGAAAUUGCGCGAGCAUUGGAAGAAAACGGUGUUUUUCUCGUCGGUCGCUGCGUUCGGCGCUAGUUAUUGGCGCGACCGGCGUGCCGAAAAAGCGAUCGAGACCGAGUUUUGUCGUUCAGCAGCGGAGAUUGGGAACGAACUGUUGGCUGUGGCCAGUGAGCCGAGGUCUGUUGCUGUGCUGCUGAAUCCCUUUGCUGGUGUUGGCAAGUGCCAGACAAAGUUUGAUUCUUGGGCUGCACCCGUGUUGUACCUGGCUGGGCUCAAGGUGGACGUGGUGCGAAGUGACACUGCUGGGCAAACGAGGGCUCUAGCGCGAGUUUUGGAAGCGAGUGACUUUGGUGGCUUGGACGCUGUCGUGAUUGCGGGUGGUGAUGGAAGUCUGAGUGAAGCUGUGACAGGCUUUCUCACGAGACCAGACGAAACCCCUCCAGCACCCAUAGUUUUUCUUCCCUUGGGAGCGACGAAUGAGUUCGCGAAACGGGAAAAAAUUGGGGUGGAGGAUAUUGCGAAAGCAGCCUUUGCUGCUGUGAACGGGAAACAAAAGGCUCUCGAUGUCGUGAAGGCGAGUGUCGAAGAUUUAUGGGGUGCAGAAUCAAGACAGCCGGUGUAUGUGAUGAAUGGACUAAGACUUGGACCAGUGGUUGACGCAGAAGUGGAUGCCCGGAGGCACUGGUGGUGGGGAUCGUUGAGGAGGCAUUGGACGUUCUUCAAGACAGCGUUGAGAGGAAGAUUUGAUCCAGUACGGGUCAAGAUUGAAUUUCGGGAACCGUGUGCUGGGUGUCAAGCCUGUUUGAAUAUAGGGAAGAAACGGAGACAAGAAAAUCUUUCUGUUAUGCGAAGUGGUUCUUGGUGGGAAAGAUGGAGAUCCCCUGUGGUUGUGAAAGCCUCCAACGACAAUGAAGUCGACGUUGACGCUUUUGACACCGACUGCGACCUGCCAUGGCACACCCUGGAACUGGAUAUUGCCGAUCUCAGUGUUCAACUCUCAGAUGACGGUUCCUUAGACGUGAAAGUGUUUCGUGGGUGCACUUCCGCCUGGGAUUUCUUUUCCUACGGCACAGCGAGCGAAGACGAUCGGCGAAAUAACCUGGAAAUGUUCAAGGCAGGGAAAGUGAUUGUUCAUCCGAGCGUGGAGUUGGUUGAGGCGGAAGACGGCGGCGGUUUGGUGGAAAAAGAAGUCUUCUAUUAUUUCGACGGGGAGAAAUACGUGGUGAAACCGGUUGUUGCGAGUGUUUUGCGGGAGCGAGUGAAUUUUCUCACGCCUUGAGGAAAGGAAGAAAUAGUUUCAUGUUAAUCUGAAUGUUUACUUGGGAAAGUUGAAGCCUGCAAAAAGUUGUUACCGUGUC